AUGUUCGCCCCGACCGUGCCUCCCUCUUCCUCCGCCCCGCCCGCGCCCCUCUCCCGUCCGGACCACCCCUUCCCCUACGCGCACGCCGAGCAGGCCGCGUACAACCGCCAGCUGGCCCUGGAGGAGGACGUCAUCGAGGUCGCCAUCAAGCGCUUCCGCAAGAUGGCCCGCGACGCCACCACGCGCGGCGACGUCGUCACCCACAGGCCGGCCGCGGACCUGCUCGCGGGAUGGUUCGGGCCGUUCGCGCUCGCGGUCAAGAGGAACUCGCAGCAGGUGGGGAAGACCGAGGCGGGCGCGGGGGGGAAGAAGGCCAAGCGGCGGAACCGCCGCUCGGAGGCCGCCCCGAGGACUGGGCCGGGCCGCAUGUCCGUUGAGCAGGAGAUGCGCGCCGUGCUAAAGGAGCUGUCGCCGGAGGCUAUCUCGGUCAUUACCAUUCAUACUAUCCUGGCUACUACUAUGAAGGAGCCGCACGGAGUCCCGCUUUCGCGGCUGGCGUUUGCGGUGGGGAAUACGGCCCGCGCGGAGAUCAAUUACAAGAAGAUCGCUGAGUUGAAGCGGAAACAGGAGAGGGCAGAGAAGGCGGACAGAGUCGAGGGGAAGAGCACGCGUGCGCGCGGGGGGAAGAAGCCUGCCAAGCGGAAGCGUUCGGCGCAGGCAAUCCUUAACAGCGCCAUUGCCUCGUCUUCGUCGAUUGCGUCCGCCGUCAAUUACGCAGCUCAGCAGGUUGCCGUCAAGGAUGCAAAGUGGUCCGAUCGCGAGACUAUGUUGUUGGGGACGCAUUUGAUUGACCUUCUCGUAAACAUUGCGAAGGUUGAAGAGGAGCCUGGAAAGUUUGCGCCCGCUUUUGUGCAUUUCCUCAAGUUCAAGAAAAGCGAGAAAGUUAGGGUAGGUUGCUUGCAGCUGUCGGAUGCAGCUCUGCGGUUGCUAAGCGAUGAUGGUAAUAUCCUUGCGGAUAGUGUUACCCCUAAGCAGCAACCGAUGGUUGUUCGUCCCCGGCCAUGGAUGUCACCAGCCCGGAGCCCUUAUUUGAGCUGUAGGGCCAAUUUGAUUCGUACGGUGCCUGGGAAGGCAUUGGAAAGGGCUUUGAACGGCGCGGAUCUUAGCCUUCUGUAUCAAGGCUUGAACGCUCUCGGCGAUACAGCUUGGACUGUGAACCGUGGAGUGUUGGAUGUGGCUGAGACAUUGUGGGAGAACGGUGGCGGAAAAGCGGGGCUUGUAACUAAGCAGGAUGUGGCAGUGCCGAACAAGAAGAAGUUCAUGGCUGAACAAUUAGCAGCAUUUCAGGACGAUAAGCGACUGGGAAGGCCUCCAUCCGAUUUUGUUGAAGGGGACGUUGUGGAUGAAGAGGAGUACAUUUUUGAUGAGGGCAAAGCUUCCCGAAGACUACGGUUUGAGAGGAAGAAAGCACAAAAAUUGAACAGAGAGCUCGUCUCUAUGCGAGCAGAUACAAACCACAAGAUAGUGCACGCAAGGCGAUUUGCGGAAGAGGAACGGCUUUGGCUUCCUCACAACGUGGACUUCCGAGGGCGAGCCUAUCCUAUCCCUGCAUACUUGCAACAUAUGGGUUGCGAUAUGACAAGGGCGAUGUUGACAUUUGCGCGGCCAGGUAUCGAGCUGGGUCCGAGAGGGUUGUACUGGUUGAAAAUCCAUCUCGCAAACAAGAUGGGUGGCGACAAGUUGUCAUUCGACGAACGAAUUGGGUUGGCAGAGGCGAAUAUGGGCAGGGCGAUUGCGGUGGGUCAAGAACCAAUGUCAGACAAGAAUAUGGAGUGGUGGUCGAAGGCUGAGGAUCCCUUUCAAUUGCUAGCAGUAUGCCAAGAGCUUGCUGAUGCGAGCGGACGUUACGGAGGAGAACUGGCUAUGGAGGGAUACGAAAGUCGACUGCCAGUGUCAAUGGAUGGGUCAUGCAAUGGUCUUCAACACUACGCAGCGCUUGGAAGGGACGUGGUCGGUGGAGAGCAGGUCAAUCUAGUCCCUAAUAAUCGGCCGCAAGACGUAUAUACAGGCGUGGCGAAGCUUGUUAACAAGCGUAUUGACGAGCUGGCGGCAGAUGGAGACGAAGUGGCUGAAUUGCUGCGAGGGAAAAUCAGUCGAAAGGUUGUCAAGCAAACUGUGAUGACGAGUGUAUAUGGUGUAACACUGAUUGGGGCGAAGCAGCAGAUUAAGAACCGGCUUGCGGAAAUCGAUGGAUUCCCAGAGGACAAGCUGUUUCCUGCCUCCUUAAAGCUUGCAUCCCUAACGUUGUCGUCUCUGGGAGACAUGUUUGGCGGUGCGACCAAGACGAUGGAUUGGUUGUAUGAUGCAGCGACGCUUAUCUCUCGAGACGGACACGAGGUGCAAUGGACGACACCAGUGGGACUACCUGUGAUUCAACCGUACCGACGAGAGGGACAGACGGUUGUGCGGACAUUGAUGCAACGAGUGACGCUUGAAAAGUCGGGAGAGCACAGCCCUGUGUACGGAGCACGGCAACGCAGCGCAUUUGCGCCCAACUUUGUGCACUCUAUUGACUCAUCGCACAUGGUGUUGACGGCUAUGGGUGCACAACGGAUGGGGCUUAAUUUUGCAGCUGUGCACGAUAGCUUUUGGACGAAUGCGGCUCACGUGGACCGAAUGAACGCGGUGCUAAGAGAGCAGUUUGUGAGGCUGCAUUCGAGGGACCUACUGGAUGAAUUGAGGGAAAGCUUCCUGAUUCGAUAUCCCGGAAUUGAGUUUCCAGAAGUGCCGGCUCGAGGACAGUUAGAUCUGGAUGUCGUGAGAGACUCGCCGUAUUUCUUUAGUUGAGCUGAAUUGACCCCACUGUAAAUUGUGUAAGUAGA